AUGACACAACGCAAAGGCGAGAAACCCACCAUCAGCAUCCAGGAGCACAUGGCCAUUGACGUGUGCCCUGGCCCCAUCCAGCCCAUCAAGCAGAUCUCUGACUACUUCCCCCGUUACCCACGGGGCCUCCCCCCUGUCUCGCCCCACCAAGUGGGCCACUCCGGGCCCCUGUGUGCUGCCCUCCCAACCACCCCGGCUGCCGCCGCCGCCUCCACCACCGCCGCUGCCGAAAGUGACCGCCCCAAUGAGGAUAAACCAGACCGGGCUUGUGCAGGAGCCUCCGCCUCCUUACAGGCCACCAAGAGGGAUGAGGAGCCAGAUGUGGAGGGAUACGACUCAGAUGACUCCACUACAUUGGGGACCUUGGAAUUCAGUUUGCAGUAUGACCAGGAGAACAAUGCACUGCACUGCACCAUUAACAAAGCCAAGCUUCCUGUCCCCAGAUACAAGAAGGGUCUCAAGCCGAUGGACCACAAUGGGCUUUCCGACCCCUAUGUCAAAUUGCACCUACUGCCAGGAGCCAGCAAGGCCAAUAAACUUAGAACCAAGACCCUGCGCAACACACUCAACCCUGUAUGGAGCGAGACCUUGACCUACUACGGCAUCACUGACGAGGAUAUGGUCCGCAAAACACUCAGGAUUUCAGUGUGUGAUGAGGACAAAUUCCGCCACAACGAGUUCAUCGGGGAAACGCGAAUCCCCCUCAAGAAGCUGAAGCCCAACCAAAUCAAAAACUUCAACAACUGCCUGGAGAAACAGUUACCUGUCAACAAGACAGAAGAUAAGUCCCUGGAGGAGCGAGGACGCAUCAUGAUUUCUCUUAAGUACAACACCCAGAAGUCUUGCCUGGUAGUGGGCAUCAUCCGCUGCGCUCACCUUGCCGCCAUGGACGCCAAUGGCUUCUCCGACCCCUAUGUUAAAACGUACCUGAAGCCUGAUGAGAACAAAAAGUCAAAGCACAAGACUGCUGUGAAAAAGAAGACUCUCAAUCCCGAGUUCAACGAGGAGUUCUGUUAUGACAUAAAAUAUGCAGACCUCACCAAAAAGACCUUGGAGGUGACCGUGUGGGACUACGAUAUCGGAAAGUCUAAUGAUUUCAUAGGUGGUGUAUCUCUGGGUAUCAAUGCAAACGGAGAGAGGCUCAAACACUGGUUUGACUGCCUUAAAAACAAGGACAAGAAAAUUGAGCGUUGGCACACGUUGACCAAUGAAUUACCUGGUUCAUUAAAUGACUGAAGACCUACAUCUGUCGUCCAACCUGCUGGCCCUCGUCCCCUCCCUGGUUACACUAGAUAGGACCCCUGCCUUCAUUUUCCUAACUCCUCCUCCCAUCUCUUCUUCUCUGGAUUUUCCUCAUGUUUGCCCCAGUGACCUGUGACACCUCUUUGGGAAUAUAUUUCCUCUCAACAGGGCUCAUUUAAAAAUAUCCAAAACCUGUUUUCUUUCUGUUUUACAUGUACAAUAGGGGUUGCAUGGCUGCUCAUUUAUUUUUCAUUUUAAGAGCAAUUCAGUUCACAAAAUGAAUCACUGGGAUUGUAGCGCUGAUAAUAAUUCAGAUUUCUUGUAUGAUCAGUGAAUAUAUAAGGAGCAAAUGCUUUCUAUUUGAAGAGAUAUUUUACAGCAGCUAAAAUAAUUUUCCAAUGAUUCACCAGUCCCUGAAACAGCACAAACCUCCAUACUGUCAGCUUGGUGGUAAGAGUGGAGAAUCUA